CGCUUUGACGUGCCUGCCCGGGCUCUCUGGAGAGCUCUCUCAUUUUUGUUUUCUUCACAACAAAGGAAGAUUUGAACUUAACACCUUUUCGCACCAAUAUCUGUCUGUCUCUCACAGCACUUGCCAAAACAAAUUUAUUUCAAAGUUAGCUGUAUAUUCAUUCAUUCGUCUUCAGAGCUUUUGCAAAAAGUUGUCAAAACAACCAUUGAAGCUCAGACAGAACAAUAUUUUUCUUUAAGGGUGAAAAAUUGUAGUGGUUGAAGGCUGAGAUUAAUUGAAAGACUGGACUUGAACUAGCUCGUUUUGGGUUAGUUGAUUUCUUUACAUAGGUAAAUUUUUGUAUUUUUCUUCAUCUCUUUAUCGAUGGGUUUUAUCGUUUUAGCUUCGAAGAGAUAGUCUUCAGAGUUUGAGAGAGUCAGUGUUGUUUCAUUUUUUAUUUUUUUUUGUCUGAAGAUAGUCUUUGUCUUUUCGGAUUAUUUAUAUUUUCCAAAGUUUCCAUCUUUUUGGUGGCUGAAGAGAGACGGAGACAAGCAAUGGCGAGAAGAGCUCCCACAAUACAUCACCUCAGCGCCUCCUUAGACGAACUUGACUCUGAACUUGAAAGCAGCAACUCAGAAUAUGCCACAUACCGGGUUCACAUACCGCCAACGCCGGAUAACCAGCCGGUAUCUAUGCGUUUAUCGUCACUAAAGUUCAUUAAUAAUUCAGAAGUAAGAGAAGAUCAGUAUAUAGCUAGUUCUUUGUUUACCGGUGGUCAUAAUCGUGCUACACGAGCCCUUUCGAAAGAGAAAAUAAUUGAAAGUGAAACUAGCUUUAAAGGCGCCUUUUGUGCUUUACCUGGAUGCAAUGCUGGGUCUAUGAUUGAUUCACAGGGUUUAGAAAUAGUCCCGUGCGCAUGUGAUUUCAAGAUUUGUAAGGACUGCUAUAGGGAUGCUUUGAGAAACGGUAAUGGGAUUUGUCCUGGAUGUAAGGAGGCUUAUGCUGAGCCGGAUUUGUCUAGGUUAGCAGUUGAUAACCAUAACGCGCAGGCUUUCAAUUCGGAAAGGAGUUUAUCUGUGGUGAAACCCAUUAGUGAGUUUGAUUAUAGUGGUUUUUUGAAUGAAACUAAGAGGAGUUAUGGGUAUGGAAACGCAGUUUGGCCAAAGGAUGAUGUUAAUGGGGUUGGUGUCAAUAAUAAAGUUUUCAAUGAUAAGCAAUGGAAGCCACUUUCGCGCACCUGGAAUGUAUCAGCUGCAGUUCUCACUCCGUAUCGGAUCUUAAUCAUAUUUCGGAUGGUGGCUCUUGCAUUCUUUAUUGAAUGGAGAAUUACCCAUCCCAAUGAAGAUGCAAUCUGGUUAUGGGGCAUUUCUGUGAUUUGUGAAAUCUGGUUUGCCUUCUCUUGGCUACUUGACCAGCUUCCUAAGCUCUGCCCCAUUAAUCGUACUGCUGACCUUGAUGUUUUGAAAGACAGGUUUGAAACACCCAACCCUGGCAACCCAGCAGGAAAAUCUGACCUUCCUGGCAUAGAUGUGUUUGUUUCCACUGCUGAUCCUGAAAAAGAACCACCUCUUGUCACUGCAAACACCAUUCUGUCAAUUCUGGCUUGUGAUUAUCCUGUUGAGAAGCUCUCGUGUUAUGUCUCUGAUGAUGGAGGUGCCCUUCUUACCUUUGAGGCUAUGGCAGAGGCUGCUAGUUUUGCUAGCCUUUGGGUUCCUUUUUGCCGAAAACAUGAUAUUGAGCCAAGAAACCCUGAAUCUUAUUUUAAUCUAAAGAGAGAUCCUUAUAAGAAUAAAGUACGUCCAGAUUUUGUUAGAGAUCGCAGGCGUGUAAAACGUGAGUAUGAUGAAUUCAAGGUUCGGAUUAAUGGCCUUUCUGAUUCAAUCCGGCGACGCUCUGAUGCUUUCAACACUAGAAAUGAGAUGAAGGCCUUGAAGAAGUGGAGGGAGAACGACAGCGAUGAAGCCAUUGACAGUUUGAAGAUUCUGAAAGCUACCUGGAUGGCUGAUGAAACCCAUUGGCCUGGCACAUGGACAGUUCCUGCUCCGGAGCACUCUAGGGGUGAUCAUGCCAGUAUCAUACAGGUGAUGUUGGAUCCUCCGAGUGAUGAGCCAUUAGCAGGAUCUACUGGUGAUGGAAAUUCCAUGGAUCUAAGUCAAGUAGACAUUCGCCUUCCCAUGUUGGUUUAUGUUUCUCGUGAAAAACGACCUGGUUAUGAUCACAACAAAAAGGCUGGGGCAAUGAAUGCCCUGGUUCGAGCAUCAGCCAUUAUGUCCAAUGGCCCCUUCAUUCUUAAUCUUGACUGUGACCACUACAUCUACAAUUCCCAAGCUUUAAGAGAAGGUAUGUGCUACAUGAUGGACAGUGGUGGUGAACACCUUUGUUAUGUCCAGUUUCCUCAAAGAUUUGAAGGAAUUGAUCCAUCUGAUCGCUAUGCCAAUCAAAACACUGUUUUCUUCGAUGUCAACAUGCGAGCUCUUGAUGGGAUUCAGGGUCCUGUAUAUGUUGGAACAGGAUGCCUGUUUCGAAGGAUUUCCAUCUAUGGCUUUGAACCCCCUCUAUCAGUAGAAAACAGUGGUUGCUGCGGUUGCUGCUUUCCACAUCGCAGGAAGAUUGCAGCUACUCCUGCCAGUCCAGCCUCUUCAGAAGGUAGCCAGUCAAUUGGAAUGGGGACAUAUGAUGAUGAAGAAAUGAAUAUUGCUCUUAUUCCAAAGAGAUUUGGAAACUCUAGUAUGCUUAUUGAUUCUAUCCGAGUGGCAGCAUUUGAAGGCCUUCCACUUGCUGAUCAUCCAUCUAUUAAGAAUGGACGUCCACCUGGUGCUCUCACUUUGCCUCGGAAGCCUCUUGUUGCCAUAACUGUUGGAGAGGCAGUCAAUGUCAUUUCUUGCUGGUAUGAAGACAAGAGUGAAUGGGGACAUGAAGUUGGGUGGAUUUAUGGAUCUGUGACAGAGGAUGUUGUCACAGGAUAUAGGAUGCAUGAACGGGGAUGGAAGUCUGUCUAUUGUAUGACCAAAAGGGAUGCUUUCCGAGGGACUGCUCCUAUAAAUCUGACUGAUCGACUUCAUCAGGUUCUGAGGUGGGCUACUGGCUCUGUUGAGAUAUUCUUCUCCCGCAACAAUGCCAUCUUGGGUGGCCCCAAAAUAAAGCUUCUUCAAAGGAUAGCCUACCUCAAUGUUGGAAUCUACCCAUUCACCUCUAUUUUCCUCAUUGUUUAUUGCUUCCUUCCUGCACUUUCCCUAUUUUCCGGUCAGUUCAUAGUCCAGUCUCUCAAUAUAACCUUCCUCGUGUACCUAUUGCUCAUCACUUUGACCCUUUGUGGCCUCGCCGUUCUUGAGAUCAAGUGGUCUGGCAUUGAACUAGAAGAAUGGUGGAGGAAUGAGCAGUUCUGGUUAAUUGGAGGCACAAGUGCCCAUCUUGCUGCUGUCCUCCAGGGACUACUAAAGGUGGUUGCAGGGAUUGAGAUAUCAUUCACUCUAACUUCAAAAUCUGCUGGUGACGAUGAAGAUGAUGAUUUCGCUGAUCUUUACUUGUUCAAGUGGACAUCCCUAAUGAUACCGCCGCUCACAAUCAUAUUUGUUAACUUGAUUGCAAUAGCAGUUGCAGUUAUGCGAACAAUAUACAGUAACAAUCCCCAGUGGAGCAGCUUGGUGGGAGGAGUGUUCUUUAGCUUCUGGGUUCUGGCUCAUCUCUAUCCCUUCGCAAAGGGACUAAUGGGAAGACAUGGAAGAACGCCGACUAUCGUAUUUGUAUGGUCAGGGCUUAUUGCAAUCACUAUAUCUCUACUUUGGGUGGCCAUCAAACCCCCAUCAGCAAAUGCUGACAUAGGAGGAUCAUUCCAGUUCCCCUGAUUUCCAACAGCAGAAAAGUUAUCUUGCUUCAACAUUUGUUUAUUAUAUGGAGAUAUUAUAUACAUUGUUACAUACAUCCAUUAAAUUUUUGGCCUUAGAAAUUGAAUAACAAAUUUAUGAGGAUUUGUGGGAGGA